GAUCAUGUAGCAAGGUUUUUGAUGUUCCCCCCGGAUCAAUACCUGUCUUGUAUCAGGUGCUUAGCUGAAGGGCUCGAGUGACUGUCACCUCUGUUCGUGUUUCUGCCGUUUGAUUAGCAGUUAGAGAGGAUGCUUCUGUUCUGGUCCAAAGGCAGUGAAUGAAAAAACUGCUGCUGGUUUCCUGAGUCUUUGCUUUCUUUCGUGUAUGUGUCUGUGAGACACUCCCUUAAAAAGUUGUGCUGGCCGUUCACUGUACCUGCAGGCCCUCAAAAUCUUCCGGAGUUUUGAUUCCCGUCAGUUUUGCAGCAGCAGUUCGGCAGACAAGCGCAUUUAAGUCACAGCAGUAGGAGAAGGCUGCAAAGCGUGGCCCUGCCACAGCAGCAGAAGCCUUACAGCCUGGCUGCAGGAAGCCUUCCCCGCACCGUGCCAGUGCCCGGCAGUCUCACAAGGUACCUGGGGGUGCUGGGGGUGCGAGGCAGGGGCGCUGGGGCUGAGCUACCCUCCCUGUGCUCACCUGACAGUUCCUACCCUGGGCGUCUCAGCGUGCCCAGGCGCUGCAGGUGGGCUGCUGCGUGAGCCAGGUCCCGUGCGGAAGGGCUGGAGAAGCCUCAGGUGGGUUUUGGGACCGAGUGACCGGCUGAGGGUGUAGGGGGACGCAGGAGGACGCCGGUGCUCCCCUGGCAGCACUUUGCUUUCUGCUGCCCCGCUGUGUGCAGACUUGCCCUGGUAGGGCUGGCGUGUAAGGAGGUGGUACCACAACUUCAUUAUUUCCCCGACUUUUGGAAGAGUCAUUUAGGGUAGGGAGGGUGACAGGAGGCGUAGAUGGAACCUGGAAAAACAUCGAGCUGCUGUCAAGUGUGUAUCAGGCGUGUUUGGGACCUGCUGUAUUUGUAUGCUUGAUGUGAAAGAAGCGAAUAUUAUCAUAUUUCGUUUCAACCAGCUGGGGCUAGGCUGGCAGCGUUGAUCUCUUUAAGCUACUUUCACACGCACAGUUUUGCUUACCAAGCAGGAGCCUUUUCUUUGCUAUUACUGCAGUUUUCUGUCUCUGGCCUUACAGACGAGGUAUCUGCUCUAUUUAGUUGCCUGGGGUAGACGUGACAAACUUUGGAUAUGCCAGAGACACGUUUGAGUAUCAAGGUGAAUUUGCAUUGACAGCUACCCCGCAUGAUUUCUUUGGCUGGAUAUUUCUGAAGAUAAAAUUCUGAUCCUAGGGUAAGAUCUUAUUUCUAUUUUAAAAAUAGUAAUAGGAAUGUGAAAACCAGUACUGUGCGGUGGCAGCAGGAGGAAAGAAAACAUCUGUUCAGGGCAGGAACAGGUUUGGAUCGAUUUGGGCAGACAGAUGUGGAAUUGAAUAUAUUGGAAUCGGGCUGGGAACAUUCUUAAUGUAGGAAAUUCCAUUCUGGGCACCACUGAAAUGCAGAGCAAGUCUGCAGGGAGCACCGAAUCCUCAGAAUUUACUCUUAAGCUUUACCAGAUUUGUACAGUCACUUCAAACUCCCCAUGCGUUUGAUACAAAACCUACACUUCAUGGCUGAUAGCAUCUGCUGAGUGUGUGGAUUGGAAGCUGCCCGUGACAAGAUACUAGGAGGAAAAUGAUGGAGGAAUAUGUACCAGAAACGCAAGGCACGCCGCAGCCAGUCAACCUGUCAGGCAACGCCUCUUCGAGGUGCCCAGAUAACAGGAGGGCUGACGAAACACCUGGAGCGAAGGACUGCUCAAACGUCGCUUGUGCUGGAGCUGGAGCUGGCGUCCUGGAAAUGGAAUCGAGGUUGUUGCCCUCAGACCAGCAUCCGCCAGCCACUGACCUGAGCAGCGGCGGGGGCCUGGCGGAAAGACAGGAGCAGCAGUCUGCGCUUGACGACAGCGGAGGGGCGGACUGCGGUGCCAGUACCUCCUCUGAAAGUAGGGUCGAGGGCUCCACGAAGCCAGGGCGUUUAUCUAGCGAAGAAUUUGAACAAGAUCCAAAAACUAAUCAGGCCGAACAAUCGUUAAUGGAAAUACUGCAGGAGCUAAGGGAGGAAUCUGACUUCGUGAAAAAAUCUACUGACAAAAUCUACUCAGAAAGCCCGUACGACACAGACUGCACAAAGAAGCUUAUUUCCACCAUGCAUCAGACUUCCUCACAGGAUGAUUUGCUGAGGGAAAUAGAGUCUGAACUCUUAUCUACAGACUUUUCCAAAGAACACAAAUGUCCAAACGGUGUGAGGAAAGGUGAACGUGCCUUGGCGGUGUUUGAAAAAUGCGUGCAAGAUAAAUACCUGGAGCAGGAGCAAACUAUAAAAAAAUUGAUUAAAGAAAAUAAAAAACAUCAAGAACUGAUUUUGGACAUUUGCUCAGAAAAGGACAGCUUAAAAGAUGAACUGAAAAAGCGAACAGAAACAGAAAAGCAGCACCUCAACAUCAUUAAACAGCUAGAAGCAAGAAUAGAAGAGCUUAUUAAAGAAGUGAAAGCUGGUAAAGACAAACUUUUAACUCAAGAUGCAGCAGCCAAAAAUGCUAUUCAACAGUUGCAUAAAGAGAUGGCCUAUCGAAUGGAACAGGCAAAUAAGAAAUGUGAAGAAGCACGCCAUGAAAAGGAAACAAUGGUGAUGAAAUAUGUCCGAGGAGAAAAGGAGUCUCUUGACCUCCGAAAGGAAAAGGAGAUACUUGAGAGAAGAGUGAGAGAUGCAAACAAAGAAAUUGAAAAGCAUGCUAAUAAAAUCAAACAGCUUUCUCAGGAAAAAGGAAGAUUACACCAGCUCUAUGAAACUAAGGAUGCUGAAGCCACUCGACUCAACAAAGAAAUAGAAAAACUGAAAGAAGAAAUCAAUUCUCAUGUUAUCAAAGUGAAAUGGGCUCAGAACAAAUUGAAAACUGAAAUGGAUUCGCACAGGGAAUCAAAAGAGCGCCUCAAAGAUGCAACAACAAAAUUAACUCAAGCAAAAGAAGAAACAGACCAGAUAAGGAAAAACUGUCAAGAAAUGAUAAAAACCUAUCAGGAGUCAGAAGAAAUUAAAUCAAAUGAAUUGGAUGCAAAGCUCAGAGUAACUAAGGGAGAACUAGAAAAACAAAUGCAGGAGAAGUCUGAUCAUCUGGAGGUGCAUCAUGCAAAAAUAAAAGAACUGGAAGACUUGAAGAGAACAUUUAAAGAAGGCAUGGAUGAACUUCGAACACUGAGGACAAAGGUGAAGUGUCUAGAGGAUGAGCGCUUAAGAACAGAAGAUGAGUUAUCCAAGUAUAAAGAAAUCAUUAAUAGACAGAAGACUGAAAUUCAGAGUUUGCUGGACAGAGUCAAAACUGUAGAUCAUCUGCAGGAUCAACAUCAGAGAGAUGAACAAGAUAUCAGUGCUUUAAAGGAAGAAGUAGAUGGUCUCAAUUCUCUUAUUGCUGAUCUCCAGAAGGACAUUGAAGGUAGUCGGAAAAGAGAAUCUGAGCUAUUGAUAUUCACUGAAAAAUUAACCAGUAAGAAUGCACAGCUUCAGUCUGAAAACAAUUCCUUACAGAGCCAGUUGGAUAAGCUUUCUUACAGCGAAAGAGAGCUGCAGAAUCAGGUGGAAUGUGUUCGACAGGCUAAAGAUGAUCUGGCCACCAAGCUGCAGAAGGAGGAGGAUCAGCGAAAGCUAGAGGUUGAGACGCUACAGGCUCAGCUGGCUUCAGAGCAGAAAGAACUAACAGCGCUGAAGACCCACGUGGAUGAACUGAAAGAUGAACUGACCACCCAGAAGCGCAAGCAUGCAGCCAACCUGAAAGAUCUCACGAAACAGCUUCAGCUAGCACGGAGGAAAUUGGAUCAGAUGGAAAACGGUAAUUAUGACAAAGAAGUCAGCAGCAUGGGGAGUCGUUCCAGUUCAUCAGGGUCCCUGAACGCGCGCAGCAGCAAUGAGGAUCGGUCACCUGAGAACACGGGAUCUUCAGUGGCUGUGGACAGCUUCCCGGAGGUGGACAAGUCUAUCUUGGUUGAAAGAAUACUGAGGCUACAGAAAGCACAUGCUCGAAAAAAUGAAAAGAUGGAGUUUAUGGAGGAUCACAUUAAACACCUUGUGGAGGAAAUCAGGAAAAAAACUAAAAUUAUUCAGAGUUACAUUUUGCGGGAAGAAGCUGGCACGCUGUCCUCAGAGGCCUCUGACUUCAACAAAGUACACUUGAGUAGACGAGGUGGGAUUAUGGCAUCUCUGUAUACAUCUCAUCCCGCAGAUAGCGGUCUCACGUUAGAACUCUCCUUAGAGAUUAACAGAAAGCUGCAGGCUGUGUUAGAAGAUACAUUACUGAAAAAUAUUACGCUGAAAGAAAACCUUCAAACUCUAGGAACAGAAAUAGAACGACUUAUUAAACACAAGCACGAACUGGAACAGAGAAUAAAGCAGACAUAACUAAAGCUUCUGUGGAAUAACUGAUACGAAGAUGCAGAAAAGGCAGGUGCUACAGACCACUGUUUUUCUACGUUUUUCCUGAAAUUUGAUUGCCUGCCAGCACAAGCAUCCAGUAUUUUGUAUACACGGCCUUUAGUCAUACGGGCUGUUCUUACUCGUGAGAGAUAUACAGGGUACGGCAUCAGUGUGGUUCUGUCUACCCAAUACCAGCCUGAGGUGUUGCUGAACUUUCCUACACACUACAUUUAUCUAAAACUUUUAUUUGAAAUGACAUACAGAUGCUUUGCAGUGCAUACUAUGUUUUCAGUGAGUUGCAGUGAGAUUUUCAUUUCUACACUGUAUAAUUAAUCAGUCUUUUAAUGAUGAAGCUUGAAAAAAUAAACCAAUCAUGUUUUAAUUGCUGUUGAACAUAUCCAGUGCUACUGAGCUUUAAGGGCUUUCAGAUAUUAUUUCCUUUCUUGCAUAUUACUUCUAAUGAUUAGGUUGAUGGGGCAUUUUUGACAAAUGCAUGGAAAAAUGCUUUGUCACAACAUUUUUUAAGUGACGACUGUGACAUUGCUUAUUUUCUGCUUUGGAUUAGCAUUCAUUGGGUCAGUUUCUUUAUUCAAAAGAAAUGAAAUGAAACAACAGUAAAACUAAGGGAUUAAGGAACUUUCUGAAUCAAUUAUUGAGUAUGUGCAACAGAAACAAACAUCAAUUCAGCAAAUUCUGUAAACCCCUGAUCUUUAGGUGUAUGGGUCUAAAGAAGUCUGAUCUCCGAUAACUGGUUAAUAAAACUUUGUCCUUUUUUAUAACUAACAACAUUUUAAAAAAUAGGAGUUAAACUGCCCACUGUUACAUAUGUACAGAUAGACAUCGUGCUUGCAUCUGUUUUCAGAUGAAGGAAAAAUUUUCAAAGACAAAUAGAAGCUUACUAAGUUCUCUCAUCAGCUAUGAAUAGACCAGCCCACGAAAGUGGUGCUAAGAAAUGGAAAAUAUGUCUAAAUGGGAUUUCAUUCUGUUGGUUGGACUGUAAAAGUGGCAUAGAAAUGUGUGUGACUCCUUAAUUUUACUGUUGUGAAGAAUUAAGACGGUUAAAAUGGCGUGAACUGAGAAUUGUUUAAUCCCUCAGUGUCUGAGAGGGUGAUAGCAGAAGAGGACCAAGGUGACAAGUUUUUAGUUUCACAACAUCACAUUCGCGUUUUAAUUCCAAGAUACGUAAUUCACAGGAUCUGAAAUGUCUAUUCCAGCAGUAAAUGCAUUAUCAGUGUGUUUAUUGCCUUCUGACCAAAAUGUAUUGACCAGUUCACCCUGUAAAUACAUACGUUGGGUUUUUCUUAAAUACUUGAACUUCGUAUUAUCAUGAAAAAAAAAGAUUCAGUGUACGUUUGUAUGCUGGAGCACACAAGGAGGAGAGUUUAUGAAAGCAUCCAGGUGACUUAGGGGUGUGUACUCCAUUUGCACGUGCCACUGAGUCACUUGAGCAUUGUAAUGAACCAAACUGAGCAAAAUAGUUGGGGACGAGACAGUGGGAUAAGCACUUCUGAAAGCACUUGCAGGAUCUAGACCUGGUUUGUGGUCCAGGGAGCUUCAGGGGCUCUUUGGGUAGCCGGUCCCUUCAGUGUCAGUGGAGUAAGUGUUUGGACAGGGAGGGUGGAAACGAGUUAUGUAGACCCUGAUGAGCGUCGUAGAAGCUGUGAGCCUUUAAUCUGGGUGGGUUUUAUACACAUAUGUAUAUUUUUUUUAAACUCCUGAGAACAAUGUUUAUUGAAAACAUUAGGGAAUUUUGACCAGCGCAGUCGUGGGGCUACCUCUGCUUUAUUGUUGCUUAAGUGAUGUGGAGAGGGAAAUUCCUGGCUCUGCUGAAACAGAUUUGUCCCCAACUUCUGGGAAGCUGAGAUUUAACCCCGAGCGAACAGGCAGUUGGUCGUGACUGAGCUAGACCUUCUGCUGAAGGAAAGUAUUUAGAAAGACCAAUUUGCAUGUCGAGACAUAGCUUAGCUUUUGUAUGUUUGCGUUUUCAUGCUUUAAUGUACCAGAUCUCUGGAUAUUUUCAGGUGUUCAGCUGAAUGACUCCAGUAUUUUAGAUACGAUGUUAAUAUUGCAAUCAUUUAAUAUAUGUUCUUCAGGUGUACAAUGUGAAUGAAGGAGAGGUGUGGUGCAGAUGGAAUAAGUGCAAUGACAUUGUGGAAAUUCUUACUUCUUUUUGGCAUGGUUGUUUCUCCAUUUAAGUUAUUUGAGGAACCUAGUUAGUUGCCCUCCUGCCCUGCUGGAAAUGCUGCUUUCCUCUCUGUAGCACUAAAAACUUCCCGGACUUUUCCCCCCUGCUUACGGAGACACACAAAGCUGCAGAAAUUUCACUUUGCUUAUCGUGCAUGGUAUUUACAUAGACUAAAGGCAUCAUCAGGAGGCUUUAUUUUAAGCAUACCUGUUAGAGAUAGAAGCUCCGCUGUAGCUGGCACGUUAACAGGUGACUCUAUACAGUUAGCCCAGAGUGUGGGGACCCCAUGACAGGGCCAGCCAGCAACUCUGCGUAAAGGUGUUGCUCAGUCCUGAGAGCUAAUGGUGUACCGGCCACGUCCAUGUUGGCAGGCCACCUGCCUUUUGUUUUGGUGGGGUAGAUUGCCAGCAGUGUGAUCUUGUUGGUGCACACAACAAGAACCCUUGUGAAAAGGUGUUUCUGUGGGAUGACUCGUGCCGUUGAACACCAGUGGGUGCAAGGCUCGGUUUAUUACAUUUCACUUAUCCUUGUUCUGGAGACUUUGUGUGUUACCAGCAAGAGAUUGAAAACUGUCCUUAGAUAAAAAUAAAUUUUGCUGAUGAAAUGAUAAACUGAUUUUGAAGACAGCCUGGAGCAGUGAGCUUACAUACCUGUCACUGAAUUUCAGUGUCCAUUAGAUGUGUGGCUAGCUGUAUCCCACAGGCUAAAACAUCUGAUUCCUAAACACUCAGGGUGCUCUUUUAAUCCAAACAUCUCACAUCCAGAUGUUCUCAGAGGCCCUGCAGGAAGGCUGCUGGUGCUUUUCCACCCUCUGUAAAAUCCUGUGCUGUCACUGUCUAAAGCUAGAUCCUCUGAACUGAAGAAUUCUUUUUUUUCCUGUAGAAAUCACUGGCUUUCUGCUUCGUAGGCUUGUGCAAUAUGUUUAAUUUCAGUCUCCAGAAUGCAUUGGAGGUCAGUUUGUUCUCAGAUACGCUCUCAUCUUCUUAACUUGUUGCUGGCAACACCUACAGUAUCUCCAGCUGCUAAAACUGAAGUUACUCUUUGAAAUAGUUUUCAUUACAAUAGUUUAGUUCAUAACUAAACGAAACAAUAACAGAUCAGAUCUCUGGCUUCCACUGAACUGAGCGUAAAGCUGUUUGCCUGCGUGCUGCAGGGACCCUGCAGGAAUCUAGGAAGCGGUUCAGAGCUCAGGGCCCGACAGCCCUCAAGGAAUGGGCUUUGACCCUUCUAGCUGCCAGUGUGAUGGGAAAUACCAACGGUAGGUGGCACUAGAAAUCAGAUUUAUCCUGUCUCCCCAGCCACCUGAGACCUUUCAGAAGGCAGACAGCUGAGCUGCAGAGGGAGUUGGGUAGCAUUUACAGCUUUUCCAAGACGGAUGGCAUUUCCUUCCUGUUUUCAUGUUCAAACUGAAACUAUGUUAAAUCUUCCAAUAUAUGUACGUACGUUGUCUGAAUAUACAGAGUGUCUAUUGAUUUAAUUUUGUAGAUACUUGUUUCUGUAUAAAGUUUUUGAAGAUAUCGCUAUACAUUAUGUAUAUAUUGUACUUUGAAAUAAUAAACCGACAAAUGAGUG